UCCGGAUGUGAUUAGUUCUUUUGUAUUGGCGUCCCUUGUUUUUAAAUUUAUUUAUUUAUUUUAUUUUUUUGCAAUUGUCAGUUGCUUUGUUCUCUGCACCGUCAAAUGUGUUUGUAUUUUUCUCCCUCAAGGUUUUCUAAACACGAUUAAUCUUUUUCAAGUUUUUUUUUUAGUCUGGCUAACGCUAAUGUUUAUCUGUAUUUGAGAUCACCAACAUUCACACUAGAAACAGGAUUAUACAAAUGAAGACAAUCGUCUUUACCUCACAAGAGUACAUGCUGUGUUCCAGUUUUGAAAUGGUGGAAGACCAUUGUAACACAGAAUGCAACUAUGUUAACCUGCUGGAUUCUCGCUCUGUGAUGGGAGACCUUGGAUGGGUGGCAUACCCGAAAAAUGGGUGGGAAGAAAUCGGGGAAGUAGAUGAAGACUAUGCCCCCAUCCACACCUACCAAGUGUGUCGGGUCAUGGAGCAGAACCAGAACAACUGGCUUCACACCAACUGGAUACUGACUGAAGGAGCUCAGCGAGUCUACAUAGAGCUCAAGUUCACCCUGAGAGACUGCAACAGCCUCCCUGGUGGCGUCGGAACUUGCAAGGAGACGUUUAACAUGUAUUACUAUGAAACUGAUGGGGGCGAACUGGAGGAUGGCGAUAUGGGGGAUGGGGAGGGGAUAACAGAGGAGGAAGACAGGGCAUUGAAGGAGAGCCAGUACAUCAAAAUUGACACCAUAGCAGCUGACGAGAGCUUCACUGAGCUUGACCUCGGGGAUAGGGUUAUGAAGCUCAACACUGAAGUCCGCGAUUUAGGCCCUUUGACUCGGAAGGGCUUCUUCUUGGCCUUUCAGGAUUUGGGAGCCUGCAUCGCUCUCGUUUCGGUCCGAGUUUUCUACAAACGCUGCCCAUUUCUUGUGAAGAGCCUGGCCGAGUUCUCUGAUACUAUCCCCGCAUCAGAGGCCUCACAGCUGGUGGAGGUUGUGGGUCGCUGCAUCAACAACUCUCUGCCUUUAUACGAGCCUCCCAGGAUGCAUUGCAGCACUGAGGGAGAAUGGCUGGUUCCCAUUGGGAAGUGCGUGUGCCAGCCAGGAUUUGAAGAAAUCCUUGGAUCCUGUCAAGCUUGCAAAGGGGGGUUUUACCGCUCGCUGCUGGAGUCUCUUCUCUGCAGUAAAUGUCCGCCCCACAGUGUGGCCCGGCACACAGGAGCAACUUUAUGCAGCUGUGAAGAAGGAUAUUACAAGAUUGACUCUGAUCCUCCCAAUAUGGCCUGCACACGACCACCGUCUGCUCCACGCAACGCCAUCUCCAAUGUCAAUGAGACCAGCGUCUUCCUAGAGUGGUCUGUUCCCAUGGAGUCCGGUGGCAGGAAGGAUAUCCGUUAUAACGUCCUAUGCAGACAAGUCUUGCCCGACGGGAGGGGCUUGGAGGAAUGCGGUCCCAACGUUCGCUUUCUGCCACGUCAGGUGGGCUUGUCCAACACCUCGGUGAUGGUGGCCGACCUGCAGUCACACACAAACUACAGCUUCCUGCUGGAGGCCAUCAAUGGCGUGUCAGAGCUGGCUAAAGAUCGCACGAAGCAGUAUGUGUCACUCAAUGUGACCACCAAUCAGGCUGCACCUUCGCCGGUGAGUGUGGUAAGAAAAGGUCAUGCUGGAAAGAGCAGCAUCGCACUUUCCUGGGCAGAACCGGACCGACCAAAUGGCAUCAUCCUGGAAUAUGAGAUCAAGUAUUUUGAGAAGGAGCAGGACUCCAGCUACACUAUAAUAAAAUCCAGGGAGACUGAGAUGGUGGUGGAAAGCUUAAAACCCUCUUCAGUCUACAUCUUCCAGGUGCGAGCCAGGACAUCUGCAGGAUAUGGCACUUUUAGCCGCCGUUUUGAAUUCCAGACGAGCCCUUACUUAACAGCUACCAGUGAACGUGCCCAAGCUUCCAUUGUAGCAGUGGCCAUCACUUUGGCGCUGGUCCUCUUGGCAGUAGUGGCUGGAUUUCUACUCAGUGGAAGGAGGUGUGGCUACAGCAAAGCAAAGCAAGAUCCUGAGGAGGAGAAAAUGCACUUCCAUAAUGGUCACAUAAAGUUCCCUGGAGUGCGUACCUACGUUGACCCCCUCACCUACGAAGACCCGAACCAGGCUGUGCAUGAAUUUGCCCAAGAGAUUGACGUGUCAUUCAUCUCCAUUGAAAGAAUCAUUGGAGCUGGGGAGUUUGGUGAGGUGUGCAGCGGACCACUAAGGUUGCCGGGAAAAAGGGAGAUGCAGGUCGCCAUCAAGACGUUGAAAGCAGGAUACACAGAGCAUCAGAGACGUGACUUUCUGUGGGAGGCAUCAAUCAUGGGACAGUUUAACCAUCCCAACAUCAUUCGCCUGGAGGGCGUGGUCACCAAGAGCAAACCAGUGAUGAUCAUCACUGAAUACAUGGAGAAUGGAUCACUGGACACGUUCCUCAAGAAAAAUGAUGGCCAGUUCACUGUUAUCCAGCUGGUUGGUAUGCUGCGUGGCAUUGCAUCUGGCAUGAGGUACUUGUCUGACAUGGGCUACGUCCACCGCGAUCUGGCAGCUCGCAACAUCCUGGUCAACAGUAACCUUGUGUGCAAAGUGUCUGAUUUUGGCCUGUCCCGAGUUCUGGAGGACGACCCUGAGGCUGCUUACACCACACGGGGCGGGAAGAUUCCGAUUCGCUGGACAGCUCCCGAGGCAAUCGCAUAUAGGAAGUUCACCUCAGCCAGCGAUGUGUGGAGUUAUGGCAUAGUCAUGUGGGAAGUGAUGUCAUACGGAGAGCGGCCCUACUGGGAGAUGUCCAAUCAAGAUGUCAUAAAGGCAGUAGAAGAGAGCUAUAGGUUACCAGGUCCGAUGGAUUGCCCCGAGGCUCUGUACCACCUCAUGAUGGACUGCUGGCAGCGAGAACGCAGCAACCGACCCAAGUUUGAUGAGAUCGUAUGUCUACUAGACAAACUCAUUCGCAACCCCUGCUCACUGAAAAAUCUGGUCAACUCCUCACACAGGGUGUCCAACCUGUUAGUGGAACAUACCAGUGUAGACGGGGACUGCAACAUCUGGAGUAGAACAGUCAGCGAGUGGCUGGAUUCUAUCAAAAUGGGCCGGUAUACGGAACUCUUCAUGGAAGGAGGAUACGCGUCACUGGACACCAUCGCCCUGAUGACGUCAGAGGACUUACGGAGAGUUGGGGUGAACCUUGCUGGACAUCAGAAGAAAAUCAUCACUAGCAUUCAGGAGAUGAGAGUCCUUAUGAACAACUCCACUACCAGUGUCAACAUCUGAUGCAUACUGUAUGUGCAGGCGCGCAGACACACGCACAAUAUAUGUGGACCUAGUAUGGUGAAGACUGCAGUUGGACCUAGAGCGGCUUAGCACUUUCUAAUGACAAGGAACACACUUUUUAUGGAUCAGUGAGUGGAUUUAUUGUGGUGUUACAGACCAAGCUGAAGAGAAUUGAGUAGUUUUAUAACAAAGGGAACACGGUGGGCCUGCCAACAUUCAAGUGAAGACUUUCCGUCUCGAUCCAUUUCAGUGAAUCUUGGGGAUUCCUAACAUCCCAUCAUUGCUUGGACUCUCGCAGUCAAACAUGAACAUGGACUUCGAGAGCAACCAGCACUUUUCAGCUAUAUCACAAAUAUGUCUGUUUCCACUUUCAGCCUGUCUCAGGUUAUCUGAGUCCAGCGGAUCUGUAUACUUUGCUUAUUGUCUUCUGGAAACUCUCUGCAUUGCGCACCGUUCUCCGGUGGGGUAUUAGUGCACCAACAGUUGCACAACAUGUGUAUGUGCUCCUGUUUUUGUUUGGCGGUCAUAAUCGGGCUGUCAAACUCAUUUGAGAUCCUCAGUCAUGUUCAACCACAUUUCCAUCAUUAUCCAAAAAUGAACAGCAAGCAUGUAAAAUGACUGAAUCCUGAAAUUUUAUGACCCCACCUUUCUGGGUGUUUCUAUUGUAGAAUGAAUGUAAAGUUCUUCAGAUGCACAACUGAAUGACUGCAUCAUGUUCUGAUAAGUAAAUGGAGAUUUAACAUGGGGAAAACCACUCCUACACUCUUCUAAAGUUUGCUCGCAGAUUGCAUGAAAAGACCUGCUCGCUUUAUGUUGUCUUUUCUCUGAGAAAAAAAAAUGGAACCUGAUCAACUGAUGUACCAUGUUGCAAAGAAAACAGUCAACACUCCCACAACCACACACGGUUCCAAAUGUUGGAGUCUUCACAAGGACUAUGACGAUUCUUCAAGUUCAUCUAAUCGGUUCAGUGGAUCUUCAAAUUGAAGGAAUACGUUGGUGAAAGUGGAAAUGUCACAAAAUCCCCCAAGAUUAUUGCAGAUGGACACAUGUCAAGACCUCAGAAGCGUGAUCAUGCUUGAUUAAACAGUUGUUCAUGCAUUACUACAACUCCAAUGAAGAUGCUAGAGGAAGUGGUUGCCCAGAUUUGAGGGAAAUGUUUGACCUUCUAAUGGAUCCUUCUCUCAAAUUCAAAUGGUAUCAACCAAGAUUCCAAUGGAGCCUUCACAUCCACUUUCAGGUACUGCAGAAAACUCUCAGCAAUCUCUUCUGCGGCAGAAUCUUUCUCCACUCCAUGUCUGCCACACCACAGUGCACCUCAUUCAAACUGAACCACUGGUAUAGAGAGGCAAUAUUGAAUAAAUCGAUAAUCACUUAUUUAUUAUUUCUUCGUAUUUAUAGAAAAUGCAAAAAAAAAUGUUAGUGUUUGUGUUUCAUCUGUGAAGCUCUGCCUACAUGUAUUUCUUGUAUAUAAUGUAUUAUAUAUAUUUUAAAGCAGGAAGCAUUGUUCUUCUGUCUACCGUCAUGUGGACAAGUUCGAGCAUCUCAGAGUAGAAUAUAGUACUUAAUAAAGGCAACAUUUCUAAAUCAGCAUUCUUAAAAGUUAGACCUAGAGAACUGCAAAUUAGGGACAGCUAGCACACCUGAUCUUAUCGCAAGGUUAUUUGCUCACCAAUUCUAUUUCAUAUUUUGCAGGUUGGAUGUCAUUUCACAUUUUUGAUUCAAAAUCUAGUAACAUUUCCAGCACCCUAUAUACAGAAGUAGUAAAUGUUUUUACUACAAUAUUUAAUAUCUACAUGUUAAAAAGAAAUGUGCACAUAACUUGCCAUAUGAACCUCUUUUGUACGCUAAGUUGAUGAUGAUGUCAAUGCUCAUGCAAUCAUCUUUACUGAUGACCUUUUUUUUUCUUGCUUAUUAUGAAGGAAUAUUAGGGCAACACUGAUAAAAAUGUAAAAGUCCUGUAUUUUUAGAAGAAAAUGAAUGUAAUAACAAAUUAAUUUCUGAAUUCCUACACAAACAUCAAAGGUCUGAGACAACAGUACUAGUAUAUUUAUGCUCAUAAUAUCAGAACUUCAUUCUCGUAAAAUGACUUUUUAUGUUUAAUAUUAGAACUUUAAGUCUUAAAAAAUAAUAAUAAUAAAUGUUAAAAAAUCAAUAUUUUGGAAAAUAUUACCAACUUACUAUGAUGAAAUUACAUUACUCUUCUCAUUAACUUACAACUUUAUUGUCAAAAUUACAUUCCUUUCUUUGUAUUUUUUUUCUCUCUCUUUCUCUUCGCAGUGGCCCUAACACUCCUUCAUAGCUUGUGCCAUCGUGUACAGGAGGUGGAAUUGAAAUGAGAUUGUGAAAGUAGUUUUGUAGGAGAUGGUUUAGAGGGCACACUCAAUGGACUGUCUGAAAAGCACACAAGAAGAAUGUAAGAUUUCAAAAGGCUGUUUCACUUUUUUAAAGAACAUUUUUGGGACUUUUAAACAAGAAUCAGAUCAAAGGCCUCUUUGGUGGUUGGAAGCAGAUAUGGUAUUAAAGCUCAUCUAACAUUUUUAACAUUACCAAUGUGACAAGGGAAUGAGCCUACUUUACACCCUUGUAUUAUAUAGUUAAAAUGAAAGGGGGAGGGGGUGAUGUGAAGAGAGGAAAACAAAUGUCACAUCAGUCUACAUUUACAUUUUUAAAUUUAAUAAUAUUCUAUGUUGACAUAUCUGCUAACAUAGUAGUAAAGUCAUAAUUACAAUAAAUAUUUGUAUGACAAAACUUCUAGGCCAUAAAUAUAAAACAAUCAAAUGAAAAACAAUAGAUAGAGCAGUGAAUGAGCGUGCCUUCUUGUGCCAUAGUUUGUAAGCGCAAAACCCUGUAUGUCAGGACCCACAUAAACCGAGGACCCCUGGUAUCUACAAGAAAAUGAUUUUUCUCCAUUUGAUGUUUUGGAUGAUAGGGGGGAAAGAGACAUGCUUCAUGAAGAACAGAAACUCACUCUCUUUGCCUCAUGAAGUAGAACUUUUGUUCAUGAACGACUGUGUUCAUGGAGAAAUGGCUUUACGGACAAACGGUGCCAGCAUAUACACGGAACACACAGUUGAGCUUUCUUUCAUACAGUGUGAACUUGCGUCAUAUGUAUAUCUUGUGUCACGGACCCCGCCAAAAAUUUCAGUGUGCAAACAGAGACUCCGAUUAAGUUAAGUUCGUAAACGGAGGUUCCAUUGUAUUUGUAAAUGAAAGUAUAAAUGUAGACUAUUGUGACUAUUUCAAGGGAUGAGCCCGUUAUGGGGCAAAUUACCAAUUGAUUGACAAAUUGUUAUUAAAAUGUUAUUUUUAAUGAGAUAGGAGACUCUGGCAAGAGUUAUAUUAAUCAGAAUAAUGCUUCCCAGAGGAGUUGCUCGGGCGUGCAGUAGCUCAGCUUCCCGCACCUGGCUGUUGCCAUUUUGCACCCCUGCAGGAUGCGGCCAAAACAGUGAACUCAAUUAGGCCUCACUUGCUUUAAAACACAAUUAAUCAAUAAUCAACUCCAUACAACUGACCGAAUCAUUAACAUAAUUUAUGGUUGACAAUAUAUAGCGGCAGUGAAAGUAAUUACGCUGGACGCAUCUGAUUUACUGCCUACAAAGUCUUAAAUUAGUUUCAUUAUUCACACCAUAAUUUCUAAAUAAUGUGUCAGAAUUUUUGGAUUAUGCACAAAUGUAAUGUUAUUGACUUUUGCAACCACCAACCUAAUAUAAACUAAAAACCUAUGCCUGGGGCAUGAAUAGUUGGAAAAUUGUACACCCUUCUAAGUGCCUCGUAUCUUUUUAGCACCGUCAUUUCCUCCCCUGCCAAAAUGCUUCGCCCCAAUUGUGCCCCAUGUUUUACAGGAUUUACCUUUGCCACUGUUGAAUGUCAGACAAUGUGUAUGUUGGAACUAAUUUAAUUUGCACUUUAUGAUGAAUCUGUUGCCCUUCUUUUUAAUUACCAACUGGAAAGUUAUUUUGAGUAUCUGGUUCCCUGGCUUUUAUUACGCUAGUUUAUAUUCUCCUUCCCAUUGUGUAAAUCAUUACACUUGAGCACAAAGAUUUGAUUGGAAACAGACCCAAUGAUGUAGAGCACCAUUUUCUUGUGUUUGGCACAAUUGUCUAAUUUUUAAGUGUGAUCAUGGCUUAAAGAAAUGUAUGACGGUGACUUGAUGUUAGCCCAAUGAUAUGUUGUUAAUAGUGUCAACAAAGUGAAGAUAGACAUUAUCAUAACUGGGUUUUUUUCCACUUCAAUUCCACUUUUAAGUGGACUUGUGUUGACAGCGAUUUGCUUUGCUUUUAAAAUUGGUAGUUGUCGCAUAAAAUAUAAUAUCGAGAGUUAUGUAAUGGGUACCCAUGUUGGCGUUUCUAAAUCAAUUGCAAUGUAAUCUUGAAGGUCACACUCAAUCAAUUACAAUUGUUCACAUUUUGAAACCAUUUUUAAAUAGGAACUUAUAGGAAUUAAAAUAUUCCAUUCUUUCCAAACCUUUAUUAACUGUCCAUGUUUCAAGAAGUAGUCAACAAUAUUAACUGCCAUACACAUGUAAAAAUAAGUUUAUAAUAACAGUAUAUAAAACUAGAUAACAAUAAAGCUAUUAAUUAAAUUUAACUGCACAAUUAAUAAAAAUGUGCAUAGGGAGAUUACUAGAUGUACCUGGGAGGUCUCUUCACAAUACUAAAACACAGUUACCUUUGUGUUAUAUAUUGCGUUCUUCAAUUAUUAUUGACGUUGACUUAUUGACGCUGUAGCCAUAUUGUUCUGAGCAUGUAGGACCGUGAUGUGUAUAUCGCAAUAAGUUCCAUUGUUACGGUCAUCAUCAUCAUUUCUCCUCUAUCUACCACCGAUGCACCUUUUGUGGUGUCUUGAAAAAAAACACUAAAACGACAGAAGAAAAAGCUAAACAUGCUAAUGGAGUCUUUCUUUUAAAUGCUCACUGAGCUGAAGUCUUAAGAGAUUGACACCUGAUGGUUCGACCUCCACAUUUUUGUCUGACGUUUGCGGCAUACUCUGAUUCCAAAUCACGACUUUUCCACUGUGUCCGUAUUGAGAUUAGUUAGAUUUGGCUACAUAGCAUAUUUAUUGAUGAAAAGGGGUUUUGAUUGAUCUUUACAAAAUAUGCAAAGGCAAUACUUGAUACGAAUGGCAAAAAUAAAAAAUGACAACAAUAAAAGGUUCCAUUUUUACAUAAAAGGAACAGUAUUCCUUGGCAGGCAAUGUUUGUAGAUUUUUUUUAAUAGUUGAAUGAGUUUUUCAGUUGAAUCUAUAACUCAUAAUGUAAGCAAUGUGCUGUUAAACAUUUUGAAAAAUUGUCCAGCUUUGUCCAGAGUAUGUUGCUUGGGACUGAGGUAGAUACAUGUAGCGAUGACACUACUUGUCUUCAAACCUUAAAAUCCAUAUACCCAUCCUGAGGCUCACCCGCACAAUUGGUGGUGCUUCCCUAAAAACUCAAUUCAAUUGUCUUGAUUGUUGGCACCAUUUUUCAUACAGAGGCAAUGAAUCCAAAGUUGUACCAUCUAUUUUGUGUUUUUUCCUACUUGCAAAGAUGGAGCGUUAGUGUGGGACCUGGCUUAUGGGUCUAUCUGAAUUCUUUUUGAUGAUGAAAUGUGUCCAACUAUUUACACACAUGGCGAUCAGGUUUUUCCCAUACUGAAAACAAUAAUUGUAUUGGUAAUGCGCACACAUGACAGUUUUGGAUUCAUUGAAAGCACAGUGAAACAUACUUAGUAACUGUUGUGCUCUUAGUUUGUCUUUGGGACUGUCAUGUAUUAUGUGUUGCUGUUUUUGUAGUGUGUUCUCAAAUUCUCUAUUUUUUCAAUAAAACUGUACAAAAGUA